AUCGUCUUACUUGCAGCAUGUGUUGGGCCAUGUCGAGCGCUUGGCCGGUUAGACAAUUGGGUACCUGCUAACCUGUCAAAACUCAGAUAAUUCUCGACCCCACGGUUUAAUGAACGGGACUAGGAUGAUAAAUUUACGAAAGUUUAUAGAUAUCGGGGCUAAUUUGACGGAUCCAAUGUAUCAGGGUAUUUAUCAUGGGUCCCAAAAGCACCAGCCGGAUUUAAAUCACGUCCUCGAGCGCAGUUGGAACAAUAAUCUUUCAAAGAUUAUAAUUACAGCUAGCAAUGUCGAAGAGAGCAAAAAAGCCCUUGCCUUGGCCAGAACGGAUGAUAGGUUAUUCUCGACCGUUGGAUGUCAUCCAACACGUUGCGGGGAGUUUGAGGAAUCUGGUGAUCCAGAGGCUUAUCUAGAAUCGCUGUGCGAUUUAGCUUCCAAUAACAAGGAUAAGAUUAUUGCGAUAGGGGAAAUGGGUCUAGAUUAUGACAGGUUACAGUUUUGCUCAAAAGAUGUUCAAAAGAAAUACUUUGAGAUGCAGUUAUCGAUGUGUUCUACUUUGAAACUACCAAUGUUUCUGCAUUGUCGAAAUGCAUCCGAAGACUUUGUUCGAAUCCUGAGAAAACAUAAAGAUAAAUUGACGGCAGGUGUUGUCCAUUCAUUUGAUGGUAAUCCAGAAGAUGCUAAUAAUAUUUUGCAGUUAGGGUUAUACAUUGGUAUUAAUGGAUGUUCUCUUAAAACGGAAGAAAACCUUUUUGCCGUUACUACCAUUCCAUCGGAUAGAUUAAUGAUCGAAACGGAUUGUCCAUGGUGUGAAAUCAGGCCUACACAUGCUGCCGCUAAACAUGUUAUUACUCAUUUUCCCACCGUCAAGAAAGAAAAAUGGCAAGCCGAUCGAAUGGUAAAAGGACGAAAUGAACCUUGCACCAUAGUACAAAUUUUGGAGAUAUUGGCACGCGUUAGGGAUGAAGAGGAGGAAUACCUGUGCAAUCAGAUAUACAAGAAUACUAUGAAGCUCUUCUUUCCAUACGAGUUGUAACGCGCAUAUACUCUUGAUAAAAUAUUCGAAUGGGCAGGUUCACACAGUCGACGUGCUCGAGGAUGUCUUGCAACUUAUCCAAAGAUCGAUAGCUAAUGUGCAAGGAGUGCAUUGGAUGGUACAGAUUGUGGUUGAACUAUGACGAUUGGAAUGGAACUGCUAUUCACCGCCAUCUAUUCGGACUGCAUGAGCGUGACUAGCUCCUCACGUUCCAUCCGUGUCUUCUAGCAUAAAUCUUAAUUUAUUCUUGCUAAGGUUGAUCAUCAUUAUCAUCAUUGUCAUA